GUCUCGAAAACGUCUCAAAUUCCGUGGACUAAUCGUGUCGGGAAAACUCGCUAAAGAAGCAAGGCAAGAGCAUUUUACAUGCAACACUUUUGUUCAUAGAAGAGAUAAAGUGUUCCCAAAGACAUCUGGGCUGCUCAAUUGCAAUUAGUUGUAAAUUUUAACGGGAAAAUUUGAGUUUCCGAACGGUGUGUAUCCAUCGUGACGCUAUAGGUUGGAGUUACCAUAUACGGUAAUAAGGGUAUGUAAGCUAUAUUAAAAUUGGAGAUUUGGAGUUCAAAUUUCAUCAGAAUUAUUUCCGCGACAAAACGGACAGAUGUUACCUUAGAGAACUCCUAUUUAUCUUUUAUGCAACCGUUAGUCAAGUUUGCCUUUCAGAUGGAACAAUUUUGAUAUUUUUGAAAUCCUGUUGUCUGCAAUUUCCCAUUCUCAUAUCGAAUUCUGAAUAAUUAAUGAGCUAAGCACAAAAUGGAAAAGGGCCUGAAGACUCAACACCCGGGUGGGCAAAAAAAGAAAUUCCGCAGUCCACUUAGCGGGAAACGUCCCCACAAGACAUCUAUCUUACCAAAAUUUGCAGUCAACCUGAAUGAAUCUGAUAAGCCGGUAACAAAAACAAAGCAUGGAGGAAAAAGGUCAAAGUUGAUGUUUCAAAUGGGCGGCGACAGUACAGACCCAUUGAAUCUAAACAGCUUAAUUGAUAGAGACCCUGCAGAUGUGACACCACAGUGUUCCCCUCUUGUUGACCGAAUGAAGGAGUUGUCACCACAGGUUGUUAUUGCCAGGGAUCAAACUGAUCCGUUGAACCUGAAGUGUGAUUUGUAUCAGGAUCUGAAGGGAAUUGUGGUCAUGACACCAGCAAAAAAGAAGAAGAAGCGUAAAAGGAAUGAUAGUGGUUGUUUUGACGACGAGCAAGAAAAUAAAACGAGAAAAGAAACGGAUGUAAACAAAGAAGAUCUUGCCUCACCCAAAUUAAAAAAGAAAAAAAUGCAGAAACCAAAGGAUGGAAAAGAAGGUAAAAUAAAGGAGAAAAUAAAAGAUGUAAAAGAGAACAGUAAAGUUGCAGGAUCAGAAAAAGAAAUAGACAAUGCAAGUGGAGCUUCAACUGGACAAAAACUAAAAGAGGAGGGAAAUUUUUCAGAGGACUUGACUGACAAAAAAGAAGAGAGCAUAAAUGAUAAAAAAAUUAUUUCCAGGGAGAAUUCUGUAACAGACAAAGAUACAUCUAGUGUGCCAGAGAAAACACAAAAAUUGGAAGAAAGGAAUAGCUCUUCCAAACAUCACAAAAAGUCCAGAAAGACCUUCCAUUAUGGUAAUUAUAAUCGCUACUAUGGUUACCGUAAUCCAAAGUUCUUACAAGAUCCUCGCCUAAAACUUUUCCAUCAGGAGUGGUUUGAAGAUAAGACUGUGUUGGAUAUUGGUUGUAACACAGGCAAUGUUACCUUAGAAAUUGCCAGGGAUUUUUCCCCGAGGCAUGUGCUUGGCAUUGAUAUUGAUAGCUCUUUGAUAACGACUGCCAAUAAGUGUUUAAGGUGCACCAUUCAAGAAAACCUUAGAAAGAAGCCAGCAGUCUCUGCAGAAUUUCCAAUGUCGUUUAUGGUUUGUCAUGGUCCAAUUGUGGCUCGGACAUCUCCAACUGAGGGACGAACUGGAUAUCCUUAUAAUGUACAGUUUAAAGAGGAAAACUUUGUUCCGCAAAAUGAAAAGUCACUGGCUAAACAGAAGCCAACAUAUGAUGUGAUUCUUUGUCUAAGUCUAACAAAAUGGAUUCACUUGAACUGGGGUGAUGAGGGACUCAAGAGGGCAUUCCAAAGAAUGUUUCUGUUAUUAAAUCCAGGUGGAAGAUUAUUGUUGGAGGCACAACCCUUCAACUCUUAUUCCAGAAGAAAAAAUCUCAGUGAGCAAAUUCGAAAGAAUUACAACUCCAUUAAAUUCACACCAAAUCAGUUUGUGGAUUAUCUAAUGUCGGAAGAUGUUGGAUUUGCGUCAUACGAGGCGUUGGGAGUUGCUGAAAAUAAUUCAAAAGGAUUCCAGAGGCCAAUAUACGUCUUUACAAAGAGUGUUUCAGGAGAGAGUUACGAUGCGUUAGGCGUAAACAUCGCAGAGAACAGAAGAAACAUGAAUUUGAAACUUUACGACGAUUAUUAAAUGUCUGAAGAUGAAGGAGAGGACGGGAUGACAUGGUCACGGUCUGGAACAUCGAUGUCAUCAGUUUCAUUGUUAAAUAAGUCUUGUAAAUAGCUUGGGUUCGUCUGUGUUAAGAGAAAGUUAUGAGAUAGCAGAAAAUGAAUGCUUCAAGAACAGGAAUUUGCGACGAAAUUAUUUGCGAAAGUUAUUUUAAAGUGUUAUAAACAGAGUGUGACACAGUCUUUGUACAAGUGUUGUUUUUUAAGUGUAAUAUGUUUACUUGAUAUUAAAGAGGUUCUGGGGUU